GUCACACACAGUUUCUGUUAAUCUCAUGUUAAUCUUGAGUACCUAUAGAGUAACAAUGCAUCCUUCAUAUCUCCAAAAAGUCUUUAGUUUUGUCAUAUUUAUAAAAGAUAGAUACGCUAAACCGAGUCUUUCCGGAAAUAGCAGAGCUUCUGGAGGCGUGUCUGCUGUCAGUGCUGUGGGCGGAGCUAAAGAGUCACGAGCAGCUUUUGUGUAGAGAUCUCAUGCUAGCUGCAACAUCAUUAUAAAUAAAAACAGGAGCUGCAUCUCAUUUCGGAGGCUGCAUCCUCCGUAGGUCGUAUUUGAAGGCUGCAUACGUCAUCAAGAAUGUCAUAUUUUAGAAAAGUAACCAUAAUAAAAUUGACUGAUCUUCAUUGUGAUGUGUAAAAUACUGUAAUUUCUUUCUUAUGUUGCAAUCUAAUGGUAAUUUUUCUUAAAUGAGACCAAUAAUGCAUGCAGCCUUCAAAGGGUGCAGCCCCUGAAAUGGGACACUGCCAUUGUUGAAAAAUCUCUUGGCUUCCGUAUUCCGAACGAAGAAACUUAAGACUGAAUGGUUGUAUGAGUCAAACGAGACACUGACACUGUGCUGCAAAGAUAUUCAUCUGGGCAUUUUAUAAUGGGAUCAGUUCACCAUACCAUUACCUGCAAUUUACCAUAUAGGAAAAACACGUGUGCACACUUCCUGUUUCACGAGCAGCUCCUUCACCAUACUGUGUCUACGGGUAAUUUGUGAAGUUCCUAAACGUAAUUUAGGAAGGAGCGAGCCCAUCUAAUCUUCCAAUCAACAGCCAGAGUAUAUAAGCAGCUGCUUACCUCUCUUCAGUCUCAGCUGUUCCAGCAUCCCUCCACCUCCCCAAACUCCACCUUCAUCUCAGGGGGGGUGGUAUAUCAGAGCUCGAGUUGAAGCUGCUUCAUCGAGCCCCUCCUCAGUGGACAGCAAGCCAAAUUAGCUAACCUAAUAUCCUAAAGAUGAUAUGGGCAAACAAACUCAUUAAUGGGCAGCUCUUGCACCCCAGGGGUACAAUUAUACCCCAUUGUGAGGUAUGUAGAACUUGCCAGCCUCUUUAAAUGUGGUAUCUCACAUUUCUACAAAAUCCUGGCUCUGAGCUAUGACCGUCAAAGUUCAUUUACAGUCAACACAUGCAACACAUCCAGCACAUGCAAGAGUAGCUUGCACAUGUGGGUGGUGGUCAAAUCCGGAAUCACACGCAACGCUAUAUUAAUAUCACAGUUCAACACCGUUGUGUUAGUGCACAAUCUGUCUCUCACAGUGAGUGUUCACAUAUUUCAAACACUGUUGUUUGAAGAUGGUUCAUCUGUUUAUUUUGUGCUACAUGUGGCAUAUGGCUGGUGUGUUUGGUGAUUCAGUGUCAGUGAUGGAGGGAGAUUCUGUCACUUUAUACACUGAUCUUACUGAAAUAUAUGAAGAUGACCACAUACUGUGGAAAUAUGGAGCUGAAAACUUUCUGAUAGCUCUAAUGAAUAGAGCUGCUGGAAUCUUCAACACAUCUGAUGCUCCUGAUGGGAGAUUCAGAGACAGACUGAAGCUGGACGAUCAAACUGGAUCUCUGACCAUCACAAACAUCACAACUGAACAUGCUGGAGUUUAUAAACUAGAGAUAAGGGCAGUGAAACGAUCAUCAAAAACAUUCAAUGUUUCUGUCUAUGCUCGUCUGCCUGUUCCUGUCAUCAGCAGUAACUCUUCACAAUGUUCUUCAUCAUCAUCAUCAUCAUCAUCAUCAAAUUGUUCAUUGGUGUGUUCAGCUGUGAAUGUGGGUCAUGUGACUCUCUCCUGGUACAAAGGAAACAGUUUAUUGUCCAGCAUCAGUGUGUCUGAUCUCAGCAUCAGUCUCUCUCUACCUCUGGAGGUGGAAUAUCAGGAUAAAAACACCUACAGCUGUGUGCUGAACAAUCCCAUCAGCAACCAGACUCAACAUCUGGACAUCACUCAACUCUGUCACACAUGUUCAGAAGGCCACGCCCACUGUUGUGAUUCUGUUGAAGUUGUGCUCCGAUUGGUCGUCACUGCUCUGAUGGGCGUGGCUGCUGCGGCUGCUGCUGUUCUUCUGAUCAAUGACGUCAGAUCUACAAGAGGUAGAACGGAGAAAACAGAACAGAUGUCAUAAAUAUUGUGACAUAUAUGGGAGUUUUAAUCAGUAAAGAAAAAAUAUGUGUGUCUAAUUCUUUAGUGAUGGCAAAACAAAGCUUUUCUCACCAAUGCUCUGUGAAUUGGAUUGUAAAAUGUUCAUUACCCGAAUCUGGUGUAUUGGGGCCAUCUGGUGGCCAAAACGAUGAAUAUUCUUAGUAUUUAAUUUUAUUCUUUAAUUGCAUCCAUUUUUCAUUUCUUUGUUCAAUCAAUUAUAUUACUUCUUCUUAAUUUAUGUUAUGUUGCUCUUUUCAGUUUGUUUCAUAUGCAGCAACCCCACAAAUACAAACGUAACAAUAUUUGUCAUGCCAGUAAAUCACUGUAGAAUUGAACUGAAAACUGAAUAUUACCCACCAAACUGCUUUACAUCUAUAAAUCAUAUAUAGGCCUCAAUUUUAAUUGAGGAGGUGUCAUAAUAAAAAUAAACUCUGACUUGUAUGAAUAAUGAAGGUUGAUUAAAAACUCAUUUUCUGUAUAUUCAGUUUAUUUAAAACCACAGUGUAAAUGUACACAUUAAAACCAAAGUUCAUUAGAAGGCAUUAUAAUACAACAGUGACAGGCCCAUUUUUCAGCAGAAUUAAUUCUGGAUGUAUUUUCCCUAUUUAUUUUCUCAUAAGGACUUCACUAAGAGUUCUAAGCCAUCAACCAAACUACUAACCUCCAAUAUGAUUACAGCAUUACAAAGUUUGGUCUGAAGCACAAAAAAAAGUUUAUGAAAAUAAUAAUAAUAAUAAUAAAAAAGGUUUAAAACUGUGUGCUUAAUGUCUUUUAUGAUGGAAUUACCUACAAUCCCACAAUGCAACAUUUGCCAUGAUUCUAUGAUUGAUAUUUCUUCAGGAUUAUGUGACUUUGUGUCUGUUUUUAUGGUACAGAGUAACCGUAUUCAUUGAUCUGCUUCAGUGAGAUGAAAUGAGUCUUUGUUAAAUCUGUUAAAUGGCCUAUUUAGGCAUUUUUUUUUAUCCUAAUAAUAAUCACAAAUAUGCUGUAUAUAUUCAGCAAGAAGGCCCAAUUGUAUUUGUGAUUUAAGUACAUGAUAAAUAAACAUUAACCCAUGCACUUUAACAAAAUGUUUUUUGUUGUUGUUGUUGUUGUUUUUUUUUGUUUUUUUUUACAAACUUUUCAACAACCUUCACCCGUUCUUUUUCAAAAUUCUUUUACAAGCACUUAAUACACAACCACAACUGCUGAUGUUCCUCAUGUGUUGCUCUGGGUAAAAUGAUCUGCUAAAGGAUUAAAUGUACAGCAGGUUUAGAAGAUGCAAAUAAAUAUCAGUUCUAAAUGCUGUUUGUACUUGUAGCAAAUAUCUGCUCAAUAAGCUUAUUUACAACUGAGGGAACAAUAGGGUAUGACCCCUUCUGCGUAAUUAAAUUUGCGUUCAUUAGGUCUCAGCCAGAUUAUGGAGGACGAAA